AUGUCUGAGGCAUCGGAUAAAACCUCAACGGGCUGGAGAAUCCCUCGCGCAUGCCAGGAAUGCCGCAAGCGUAAAAUCAAAUGCAAUGGCCUGACCCCAGACUAUAUUCGCCAUCGGCGGAAGAAACAUGAGUACGAGGAAGCCAGCGAGAAGAAUUCAAUUCAUCAUGGCUCCCCAAGUGGAGUGCCACCAUCGGGCCGGCGCACAACUUCCGUCAUGAAUGACUUCCCGAAUAGCGUGUCUGCAACACAUAUGGCAUCGCCAUCAUGUCAGAUGCAGCUAUACUAUGGCCCUACGUCUCAUUUCUCUCUCAUGCAGCAUAUCUACCGAGAUCUCGUCUCCAACCCUACCUCUCAACCUGAACCCUCUGGCGGGGUCGAGGAAGCUGGAGCUGGCUUGGACUUGUUUAGUUUCCGUCGCAUUUUCUUCGGAACCCCAGAUUUUCAUGAGACUAACAAGUCACUUGGGACAGGGGACUUGUCCAUGAUGUUCUUGCCGUAUGAUUUGGCUAAGCUUUUCCUAUCGCGGUAUCUCUCUAGCCUCUAUCAUCUGAUGCCACUUCGCCCCAAAGUAUAUUAUGAGCAAUGCCUGGACCGAAUGUACAAUUCGUCACCCACAGACCACCUAGAUGCUUUCACCCAUGCGAUUAUGCUCCUUGUUAUGGCAAGCGCGGCACUUGGCACGGAUCAUUUUGCUUGGGGUGAUGUAUUGUUUGAGCGUGUUAAGGCUUCGUUGACCGCAUUCGAUGACGCGAACGAACAAGGUCGGCCCAACUCAACGUUCUUGCAUCUGGGCUCUGCUUGUCGCAAAGCCUUAUCAGCAGGUCUGCAUAAAGACGUUCCUCACGGUAUCGCUCAAACUCCAGAAAACAUUGAAGAACGACGGGUAACAUUCUGGUCCAUCUACAUCUACGAAACCUGGUUUUGCUAUCAUGCGGGUCGUCCGAGCUCCAUCUCCCUUAAGGAUGUCGCAAUCGAGUACCCACAGGAUCCAUUUAUUCGAUUAUUGGUGCAGCUUUGCAAAAGCAUCACUCGGUCUGUUAAUGAGAUAUACGGGCAGCGGCAUGAGUCUCUUCUGCACAUGUGGAGAGUUGCUCGAUCCAUUGCGGAUGAUAUCCGUGGUCUUGAAACGCCUUUAAAACAAGUUUUGGGCCAUGGGCUUGAUGAUAGCAUCCAGGCGGGAUCCCUUGGUGUUCGACAAAUAAUCUUCAUUACCUUAUAUAAUCAUACCCUCCUUCUCACAUUUCGCCCGUUCCUGAUAUUUCGCGGCCAUUGGCAACGCGAGAGGAAUCUCUCACUUGACCAAUCUGGUACCAAUGUCAAUAAUCGCCCACGAGAAACGCCUUCCUGGCUCAACGAAGCCUGCAAUUUUGCCAUAACUGCCGCUCAAAAGACCCUCCAUCAUCUAUGUGAAGCUUCAAGAGUGAAUGAUCUUGUUCUAGAAUUGAGAUAUCACGGGUACUUCUUCGGCAGUUCUGUAUUUACUCUGAUUUACGAAUUCCUCCACAAUCCGAGUGUCGCACCUGUCUAUCUGCCAUGGGUUUAUGCUUCGUUGCAAACAUUGUCAACCAUGCGGGCUGGGGACCCGGUCGCAAGCACAAUUUCAGCAGUACAGACUGUGCUUCGCAAUAUCAAUCCGUCAUACGAAUGGUUGCCUCUACUCGCAACAAGCUCAGAUAACAUGGCGCGCCCAGGAGGGACAGUCAUACACCAAGGCCUCAACACAGACCGCGGGCAUCGAUCGCUGCUCAACAUUCCUGCAAUCCCUCAGAAUCCGUCGCUGGGAAUGCGACCUGACAUGUCGACGUCUCCUUGGAACUUUCCUCAGGUGGAAAAACCGGAAAAACCUGAAACCGGCGGUUCUGCGGGCUCUGGGGAAGACUUGCUUGAUUUCACUCAGUCUGACAUGGGCUGGGAUUUCGAUUUCUCUACCAUGGACUUGGAGGCCUUCUUUUCGGUUUAUCAGUCGAAUGAUGCUCCGGUCCUUUGA